AUGGUGGCAUCUGCCUCUCGUGGUGUUAAGCGAAAGGCUGAUAGUAUUGGGGACGAGGAGAGAGAGGCUUCUCGAGCCUCCCGCGCGAGGACAGACGGGCACUCCGCUCCUCCAGCCACUCGCCGACCGAAGAUAUCAAACAAGGUCAGCUCUGCAGGGCCUGAGAAUACUCCGCGACCUCCUAAGUCCAGCCAGAGGCCCGCCCCAAUUCUCGCCGUCAUGGGCUUUGGGUCUCAUGAGAUGGGGGAACUUGGCUUGGGACCCAAGGCGACCGAGGUCAGGCGUCCCCGACUUAUCUCCUCCCUCGACCCUGACGCCAAGACGGCAUUCCAUGUUGUCCAGCUCGACUGCGGCGGGAUGCACUCUCUCGCCUUGACCGUGGACAAUAAGAUUUUAUCCUGGGGCGUCAAUGAUAACGGGGCUCUCGGUCGAGAGACAAGCUGGGACGGCGGAGUCCGCGACGUGGAUGCGGACGAAUCCGAUGAUCAGUCGGAAGAAGCCGACGAUUUAAACCCCCGCGAAUCCUCUCCUGCCGAGAUCUUGUCCGGCCACUUCCCUCCAAAGACCCGCUUCGUCCAGGUCGCUGCCGGGGACAGCUGCAGUUUCGUCGUCACCGACACAGGACUUGUAUACGGAUGGGGUACUUUUGUGAACCCCAGAGGCGAUAAGAGCUUUGGUUACACCGACGAUGAGACAAGGAAGAUAAUCGAAAUCCAGCCUGUCCCCGUUCUCGUUCCGGGCCUUAAGGACGUACGACAGAUCAAAUGCGGAGCCAACCAUGCCAUCGCUCUCGACAAACGCGGAGGUGUCUGGGCUUGGGGGGUCGACGAGCAGAAGCAGCUGGGACGAGCAGAACGGUCCGGCUUCGGGCGCCACAGGAAGGACCCCUUGGUACCUCGUCGCGUUGAGGCUUGCCCCAGAGGUGCUCGAUAUAUCGCGUCAGGCCCUUAUCAUUCCUUUGCAGUUGACACCCGAGGCGUGGUCUGGUCGUGGGGCUUGAACAGUUACGGCCAGAGCGGUUGCAAGGAGCUGCUGGCAGAAGAUGGUGGUCCCAGUAUCCUUCCUCACCCCAUGAAGGCCAGCAGCCUUCACGGAAGGCGCAUCGCAGCCAUAGAUGGCGGUGCGCACCAUUCUGUAGCUAUCACGGUCAAGGGCGAGUUUCUCGUUUGGGGACGCCUGGAUGCUGGACAACUUGGGGUCAAGUUCAGCGAUCAACAAUUCGACGAUCCAACCUUGAUACGCCGAGACGAAAAUGGUCGUCCUCGGAUCUGCCUCCGUCCAACUUUGGUCCCUGAUAUCGGGUAUGCUGCCUUUGUCAGCUGCGGCACAGAGAACACGAUCUUUGUCAAUGCAGAGGGCACGGCCUUUAGCGCUGGUUUUGGGCCUCAGGGCCAGCUUGGGCUUGGUGAAAUCGAAUCCUUAGACGAGGCCAAGGAGAUCAUCGGCAAAGCAGUCUCGGGAAGGAGGCUGACUUGGGCUGGCACCGGAGGCCAGUUCAGUAUGAUCGCCGCGCCGCUGACUAGACCGGCUUGA